AUGGAUUCCCUUAGGCAACAGUUGGACAAUAUGAAACAGUGGGGCCAGAUACAGCGUAAUUUCGAAGGGCUGGAUGAGUUCGAGCUGGGUCCAACGAGCCCGAAAAGUCAGAUGGGGCAGUCGAGUACGAAGGGUCAAAUAACUGCGAAAGGUCAGAUGGAUCUGACGAGUUCGAAACUUCAGCUGGGUCAGCAGAGUCCGACGGAUCAGAUGAGUCCAAAGGGUGAAAUAAUUUCGGAAAGUCAGAUGGGUCAGUCGAGUACGAAGGUUUCAGAUCGGUCAAUCGAGUCUGAAGGAUCAAAUGGGUCCGACGAGUCAAAAAGGUCAAAUAGGUCAGCCGAGUCAGAAAGGUCAGAUAGAUCGGUCGAGUCCGAAGGGUUAAAUAACUGCGAAAAGUCAGACGGGUUAGACGAGACUGAAGGGUCAGAUGGAUACGUCGAGCACGAUGGGUCAGAUAGGUCGAACGAAUCCGAAGAGUCGGAUGGGUCAGCUGAGUCCGAAAGGUCAGAAAGGCCCGAUGAGUCCGGACCUUCAGAUGGGUCAGCCGAAUUCGAAGGUCAAAUGGGUCCGAGGAGUACAAAGGAUCAAUUAACUGCGAAAGGUCAGGUGGGUCUGACGAGGGUGAAGGGUAAGAUAGGUCAGUCGAGUCCGAAAGGUCAGAUGGAUCCGACGAGUGCGGUGAGUCAGAUGAGUCUGACGAGUUCGAUGAGUCACAUGGGUCAGCCUAAUACGAAGGGUCAGAUGGGUCAGUCGAGUCCGAACGGUCAGUUGCGUCCGACCAGUCCGAAGAGUCAGAUGGGUUCGACGAGUCCGAUGAGUCAGAUGGGUCAGUCCAAUACGAAUGGUCAGAAGGCUCGGAACAGUCUGAAAAGUCAGAUUGACAGAAAAUAA